CUCUCCCUCCCCUCCUCGUGAUAGCAGUAGCGGGGGAGAGCCACGCAAAGCAGCAAUGGGAUGACAAUGGCGGCAAGCAGCAGGUGGCCGGAUGACUCUAUCCCAUGGGAUCGUUCAUCUCUCCCCCUUUUUCUUUCUCCAUAUCGAAAUCGAGAUAUAGCGCGGCUGACCGGGGGUGACGCCGAUGGGUCGACGGAUGUGUGUGGCGGCAUAGUUGGAGGGCGAGAGGGGCGCCGACACAGUGAUGGUGGAGGCUGACCGCAUCGUGAGUUGUGACCAAGAGCUGGGGAGGCUGGUGGUGUCGUUGGGAAUGCGGUCGGCGGCCUCCUCUAGUAGAGUCAGGUGAUGGUUCGGUCAUGGCUUCCGCCUCCUUCCUCCGACCACCAGCAGCAGCUCCCCCUGCACACCCUCACCUUCGCCAUCAAGGAGAUCUUCGACGUCGUCAUCCGCGUCACUGGGUUCGGCACCCCGGACUGGGCCCGGACGCACGCACCAGGUGCCGCCAUGACUCCCGCCGUGCUGGCCGCGCUCGCCGCCGGUGCACGGGCGUGGGCAAGACCAUGAUGGACGAGAUGGCCUACAGCAUCAACGGCGAGAAUGCGCACUACGGCACUCCCUCCAACCCCUGCGCUCCCGCCGCAUCCCCAGCGGCUCCUCCAGUGGCUCGGCCGCCGCCGUCGCUGCCAGUCUCACCGACUUCGCCCCGGUACCGACAGCUGCGGCAGCGUCAGGGUGCCCGCCGCCUACUGCGGCAUCUUCGGCCUCUACCCUUCACAUGGACUGGUCUCCACGCAGAUGUUCAAAACCGUCGGUGGUUUGCCAGAGAUCUAGCUACACUGUCCUGUGUCACCGACGUGCUGAUGCCGCCUGUGCGUGCCGACGCCUCUGAUGCCGAGCUGCGACGACCGAGCCAUGGAAGACCGCACCUACGAAGACCGCACCUACGAAGACCGCACCUACGACGACCGAGCCAUGUCAUCAUUCCUGCAGACUAUUUAAAAAUCUUGGGCUCCAUGGAAGACCGCACCUACGAAAUCCUCAACGCUUCAGCGGCCAAGGUAUUCGGAAGUCUGAAUUCAAAACAAACCACGCGGAGUGGGUGAACAUAGUCAAGCCCAACCUCGGCCCUGGCAUCCGAGAACGAGUGUAGGAGGCCAUUGUGUCAGAGGAUGAAUCUGAUAUGGAUGAUCUUCACGCCGUCAGGACUGAAUUCAAGUCUGCACUUGCCACUCUCCUCAAGAAGGAUGGUAUCCUGGCAAUCCCUACGGUCCAUGGUGCAACACCGAAGCUGGGCAUGGAUGCGGCGCUGCUGGAGGACUUUCGGGCCAGGGCCUUCUCCCUGCUGUCCAUCGCUGGCAUGCCGGGGUUCUGCCAGGCCAGCAUCCCGCUGGGCACCUGUUGCGGUAUCCCAGUGUAAGUGUCGCUGCUCGCCUGGCGCAAUGCAGACCCUUCCUCGUCGCCAUUGCUCAGGAGCUCCAGGAGGCGUUCCAAGAUGAGGCCGCCACAGCCUGGAGCUCGUCAGGUUAGCCUAAUUCGAUCAUAUCUUGCUGGAUGCUCUAGUAGAGGAGGUUGAAUGAUUUUGCUUGAACAUAUGCAAUAUAUACCAUGAAGAGCAGAGCUGACGGAGUGCGUAUAGUAAGUAGAUUUUGACCAUUAUGCAAACAAAUUUAGACUAUUGAUUAAUACUCCCUCCAUCCCACAAUGUAAGCCAGGUCUUACAUUGUGGGAUGGAGGGAGUACAAAGCAAAAUACUUCACACAAUACAACAACACACACUAUGCACUUCAGAGGCGAGAAGUGAUCGACCUUUUUAUUAGUUCAGACUUCAGAGUAAACCUGAUCGUGGAUAGCCCGGCUAGAAAAAUCUGGACUGGCCAUAUUUACCUUUUGAACCGGGAACUCGAUCGACUGGUUCUUCUCGGGACGGGAUGUGGCGUUGGUGACGGGUAAUGCAGUGCGGCGGCGGUCCGGAGUUAGCCGCCGACGAUGUCAUGGUGGCGGUGCGACGGGUGGCAUGGAGUUGGUGCGGUCUUGAGGCUGGUGACAGCAGCGGCUACAUCACGAUGGCGCGUCCAAAUCCACCUCUGGCGUCGUGGGAGGCCUCCCUUGUCGUGGCUUGCUGGUGGGGGUUGGCAGAUGUGUGCUCCCUCUGUCAAAUAGAGUUGAUGUACCCACUUUCAACAUUUCAUUUUCUUGAUAUAGAGAACAGAGGUGAAGCUCAGGAGGUGACGAGAUCCAGUGCUUAAUGUGGAAAUAGUGCUAUUCAAUCUAACAUGGAAAAGAAAGUGUUGCAUAGGUACCUCGCCUAAAAAGAGGGUGGCAUUUACAAAUGCGGAGGAGACAUGAUGACUGCCACGAAGAAAAGUGAAUUCGCAUUUGUAAAUGCCACCCGCUAUAUAAAUGGGAGGCACACACAUGCUCGACUGUGAUUUUCGAAUUAGAACAAUUUUCACAUGUAUGAAUAUUUUUUGUUAUUCCAUGGCAAAACACGGGCAUAUUUGUCACCAUAUUAUAUAUUUCCCUUCGUAAAAAGUUCUUACAUGUUUCUCUUUGAUAAAGUUCUACAGGAAGCAAGCAUCUAUAGAAUUGAUGAAGAUCAUUGACAUUUUGUCACAUUGCUUAGAAGAAUGAUCUUCUGAUAAAUAUAUUUUUGUAUCUUCUGGGUGUCUCUAUUAUU